UUGUCAUCACAAUGUUUGCGUGCGUGGUUAUUGCCAAGCUAUGGACUGCAUUAACAAAUGGAUGUAUGUGCACACGCGUUUUGAUCAUAUUUUACAUAAAAGAAAUCUCGAACUUGUUGGUAGCAUGAUGCUAGCUUGUUAACACACUUCUAGCUACCUGCUUACGUUUGCUGGCCUAGCUAUUUCUCAUAACCAUAGCUACCAAAGUGGCUGUGCUGAUUAGCCAGCCACAUAAAUUUCACAUUCAAAUGGAUUCAAACGUAAUCGUUGCUUCAUGUCGUAAGAUGGCUCGUUGUCGUUCUUGCAGCUUGCUGAUAAAUAGUCGUCGCCUCUGUACUUUGAACCGCUAGCUAGCGCUAACUUGUCAGAUUUGCGAGCAUGAUGCCCUCCCUUGGAAGGGAGCAUGCGCACAUUACGUUGUAAACAAUGAGACUAUUCCAGACCGUCUUGAGCAUUGUGUCUGUUUCAACUGUUUAUAUCUCUGCAAAUUUAAAAAAGAUUACCCUUAUUGUUCAAGAUCAGCAAUUGAAAUGACCCCCGCAGAAGCAUGGAGGCGGUUCUGACCAGGCUGAGGGGGCUAAGUUCGGACGAGCUUCGCGAGGAGUUCACCAGAGCCGACCUCAAGUGUGGUCCGAUCACGGCCACCACCCGGGCCAUCUUCGAGAGGAAGCUGGCGCGAGUCCUAGCCGGGGCGGGGGGCAGCGCCGUCGAGACGGACAGCAAUGCCGCGGCGGACGCCGACAGUGCCGCCGCCGCUGGGGCCGACCAGGCCAGACCUGUGCCAGCGUCAUCACGUGCCACAUCCGCCGCCGCCCCUCCGCUGCAGGCUGCCAGCGAGGACGUGGACUUUGGCUACGGCAUAGGACUGAACCCCCCGGAGGAGGAGCAGCUCUCCGUCGAGUCGGGGACGCCUUGGAGCGUCGGCGCGACGGACGCUGGCUCCCAGUCUAAAACGGACGCUCCUUCGAAGAGCGCCCCCGUGUCCCCGACGCUCUACUACGGAGUCUGUCCGCUGUGGGAAGACGUGCUGGCUAGAAAUGAGAGGGCGCACGUCUAUUCAGACAAGAAGGAGGCUCUUCAGGCGGUGAAGACGAUGAAAGGAGCUCGAUUCAAAGCCUUUGCCAACCGGGAAGAUGCGGAGAAGUUUGCCAGAGGGGUCUGUGACUACUACCCCUCCCCCAGCAAGUCCACCCCCUGUGUGUCCCCUGUGAAGCCAGGCCUGGCUCUGUGCAAGGCAGACAACGUUCCAGUCAUGGAGGUGGACGCCAUCAACCGAGAGCGGGCCAACAGCUUCAAGAGCCCUCGCACGCAGGACCUGACGGCCAAGCUGCGCAAGGCCGUGGAGAAGGGGGACGAGGUGGCCUUCCGCGAGCUGGUCUGGAGCAACCCGCGCUAUCUCAUCGGCUCGGGGGACAACCCUACCGUCGUGCAGGAGGGCUGCCGGUACAACGUCAUGCACGUGGCGGCCAAGGAGAACCAGCCGGGCGUAGCCCAGCUCCUGCUGGACAUCCUGGAGAACCCGGACUUCAUGCGCCUCAUGUACCCAGACGACCUGGAGGCCAUGCUGCAGAAACGCAUCCGCUACAUCAUAGACCUGUACCUCAACACUCCAGACAAGGCGGGAUUCGAGACGCCGCUUCACUUUGCUUGUAAAUUCGGUUGCCCUGAAGUGGUGAAUGUCCUGUGCUCCCACCCCGACACAGAUAAACAUUGCAAGAACAAGUACGACCAGAAGCCAUUUGAGGUGAUAUGUGAAAGAAAAAACAAAACCCAGGAAGCCAAGCAGAAGAUCUGUGACUAUUUGGAAGACCGCUGUUAUAUACCCUUGCUGAGGGCCACGGACAACUCCUCUCAGCCUGUGAUUGGUGCUUCCUGGUCACCUGAACCAUCAGAGAGCCUUCCUCAUUCGCUGGUUUCCCAGUUCGCAAGGAGUCCAAUCGACCCCAUCAUGGCAGUCAGGGCAUUCGCAGGCCCUCUGAGCCCCUCGAAGGCUGAUGAGUUCCGCAGGGUGUGGAAGACUCCCCCCAGGGACAGGGCGGGGCAUUUUAAAAAUAUCCUCAAGUCGGACCCUGACCGCGGGGCGGAGAGAGUGGGCAGAGACUUGGCCAGGGAGCUGGGUCACCCCUGGGCAGAGUACUGGGACUUCCUGGACAGCUUUGUGGACCUGUCGUCCGCGGACGGCCUGCGCAAGCUGGACGACUUCCUGGGCAAGAAGGACUUCAGUGAGCGCGCUCACAUGGAGGCCGGAGAGAACGAGACAACCAACCGGUUCAGGACCCCCUCCCCAGGCAAGCCCAAGAAGUUCUGCAACUCCAUCUCGGUGGGCGCCUUCCUGGACGAGGGCGAUGACAUCAGCCUGGAGGAGAUGAAGAACCGGCAGAACGCCGCCCUGACCAGCAUCACCUCGUCCGCCGGCGCCAAGGACAGCCUGAAGGGCGCUGUCGGCCGCGAGUUCCAUAUCCUGCCCGUGUUGCACCACCACCACCACCGCGGCGCCGACCUCAUCGAGACGGCGGCGGAGCGCGACCUGCUGUGCUCGGACGCCAGCCUCCUGUCGGCGGUGACGGUGUGCAAGAACGGCCCGUGCCCCUCCCCCCCUGCAAGGACUCACAACGGGGACAAGGGGGCGCAUCCCCGCGCCUCCUCCUCCGCCACCUCCUCCUCCGCCACCUCCUCGCCCUCCUCCUCCACCUGCCUGCUGUCGCCCAUCUCCAACCUGAUGGUGGAGUUUGAGAGGAUGUCCCUGCAAGACGGCGUGGACGGGCCCUGCGGCCGGGAGCGGCGGAGGAGCGGGGGCCAGAGGAGCCCGGCCGAGAUAGCUUUCGGGGUGGGCCGUCUGUCGCUGGAGCCCUCCGACCAGGACGCGGCGUUCGAGCGGGCGGGCUCCGAGCCUCCGGCGGGGGAGGCGGGGUGGCGGUCGGGGGAGGACAGGUGCGGGAGUGGGAGCUCCGAGGAGUACCUCACGGCGGAGGAGAGUCUGGAAGCCGCGGGGCUGAGGACUAGCGGGGGGGGCGCGGCGGUGGCGGGGGGGCGUUCGCUGUGCGCCCGGUCCAAGUCCUGGGACCACGGGGGUAGAGACGUGAGCGGCUCAGGGUCGUCCGGCUCAUACAAGUCCCUGGACAACUCCCACGAGUACCUCGUCCGAACUCCGCCCCGUAUCAGGAAAGGACUCUUCAUCGAAGGGGACUCGCCGACCAAGUUGGACAGAGAAGUCUUGUCAGCAAUAGAAGCCGUAGACUUGGAUGGCCAGAAAUACCCGGCCAUUCACAAAUGGAAGAGCACUAUGCAGACAUUCUCCUCAUCCCAGAUGCAAAGCUGGCCCAGCCCUGCUGUGGUGAAGAACCAGAGAGCCAGGAUGCAGGCCCCCCACCCUCCGGGCUCCCCAGCCAGCAGCCUGGUGUCUCCGGGGGGGCGCUUCAGCCCAGCCAGGCACCCUGGCUCCCCAGACCUCCCCAGCCCCAGCCGCUACAACCCUGCACACGCCAGCUACAUCCAGCGCCUCCGCUUCAAGCACUUCAACGACCCCCCCAUUUAGCCCCCCCCAAAGCCAAGCCAAGCCCAGCUAAAGCCCUCUUCCCCAAACACGGCCAGAAAGGACACAGCUCCAACAACGAGGCUGUGCUCAGAGCCACAUACCUAACAAACAACAAAAAAAUAUGCACAAGUGUCUUGAGGAUUUGUAUUAAUGUAGUGGUACUUCUAUAUAUUGCAUAGGGGAUUCUCAGUAUGUCGGGUUGUGAUGUACACUCUGGAUUUUAAAAGAGGAAAAACGGGGGUUAAUUUACAAUGUGUGUACUGUAGGAGUGUGGACAUUGUCGAGUUGAAAGUAAGAAGGUGUUCAUAAUAAGUGUGAAGAACCUGUAUCAUAGCUCAAGUCAAUUUGUUUUGAAUAACUAUUAAUACAGCCGCACUCCCUGAAAGAUAGAUGUUCACUGGAGCUCAGUGUAGAGUCCUCGAUGCAGAUGAAGCUAAAUGAAAAUAGAUGUUUUUAAAAAAAUAAAUUAAAGAAAUGUCAAUAUUUUAAGGAUUUAUUUUUGGUAUGUCAGUCAGUAGCACAAAACCAAGUUUUUAUUAUGUGUGAACAAACUGCCAAUUCCUGUUUUUUUUCUGUCACUUUCAGAAAUUGCCUUAAUUUUCUGAAACAAUGGACCAGUCUUCUGUCCAAAUUUGCCACAUCCUGUUCAGUGUGUUAAGUUGAUGUAACUUGACUACAGAAACCAAACAUGUCCACUGUUUGUUGGCUUUAAACAUGGGAAACAUGAUGAACAGUACAAUGAGAUCUUCCAUGUUUUAUUUAAUUUAACAAAUAAAGAUGUGUUCAAUUUUCAGGUACUAAUGUUGAUUUGUUCAUCCUGUUCAUUUUCGCCGUGGUUUCACUUCCAGGAGGUGUCAACUUAUUGUCUAUAACUGUCUAAAUAAAAUUGUAUGAAAGGGUCUCCUGGUUUCCUCAACAGGAGACAAGUUAGCAGUACUUAACCAUGCUACUGCCUAUUCAAGAUGUGUACCAGUUGAUUGAAUGUGAAUGUUUAAGAAGUUGUGACAAACUGGCCAAGCUGUACAAUGUUCCCGUUUAGAUAUAUGUAAACUGCUGUAUAAGAAAAGAAUGUCAGCAAAGCUGAACUUAGAAAUCAAAAGCUGUCUAUCCAAAUCGGCUACUAAUAACUCAUACAGAGACUGACUGCUGGUCAGCGUGUGAAGGGCAUUGGUAUAUUGAAUGUGAAAUCCCUGAAAUAAACGUCUGGAUUUGAGGGUAACGCCUUCAUUGAGAGGAUUGGAUUGUUGUGCUUGUGCUCAAAGUUGAGGACCCACGUCAUCCUGGUUUCAUGAAUGUGGAAUUCUGCAAAAAUGCACCUAAAUACUUAAAACAUGCUUAUUGUGCUUUGGCAUUCUGUGCUUUAUUAAAAACUUUCAUGGUGUUAUUUCUCCCUUUUUCUGUAUGUCCGAAAUUCGUUUGCUUUCAAGAAAUCAAUAAAACUUCCCUGUCCUUCGAGCCAC